AGAUGGCUUUUUUUUUUUUUUGAUGGAGCGGGAAAAGAUGUCCAAGGGCGCCAGGGCUUCUCCGCCAUAGGUGCGCCCCUCCCUCUCCCGCCCAACUCGGCUGGCUGCUCGCCCAUUGCCCCACUAAGCAGCGGUCUCUUGGGAUUCUUGGCCAUACCUGACUCUGGUAACAAUCCAGAAUUAGAGUUUCCCUGGAGAGAACUGGAGAUCCUUCUCAGCACCCUGAUGAUGGCACUGCCCUUUGCAGCCUUGGAUGGUCUCCCUCACUGGCUUUGUGUUGAUUCUGAGCAUCAGGGGGUGCAGAAAUGGACCCGGUGCAGCCCUUCCUCAUUCUUGUGGGACUGCACAGAAACCACAGGACAGGAAGGAAUAGAACCACUGCCACUCAGUGCUUGUCCAUCCGUGGCUCACCCUCUGCACAUCCAGUUGGGCAGGAGUACAAAAAGAGCCUAAGCCCAUGGGAAGGGCAUGGCUGCUGCCAGCUAAAGUAGAGGCUAGAUGAUCCUCUGUUCUGACGGUAUUCAUUCAUUCACUCACCUGUUCAGCUGAAAGCAGGAGGCAGGGAUGAGGAACCUACAGCCCACCACAAAAUCCCUGUCACCAUCAGCCAUGCUGGCCAGAGGAAGCUGAUAGGAGUUAGAGUCCAUCCUGACACCAGAGAAGUCCAGCAGGUGGAUCAGGCCAAGUUGAGCCCCUCUUGCCCAACAUCCUGUUUCUAAUCAGACAUCACUGAGAGUCCCACAAGCAGGACCAGGAUGUUGCCCACCUACAGCAGCUCAGAUUUGGCCUCUGGGCAUGGAGGCUUAAUUCAGUGCUCAUGGGUAGUUGCAGUUGCUAGACUUAUUCUCCCCCAUGACUUCAUUUAUGACCCUGUUUAGGCUGUCUGUCUGCAAAAAAACGCAAUUACUUUUGGUACCUUCAUUAUUUUGAGCGUGGAACAAUUGCUCAUUUGCUCUACCCAAAAGUAACAAGGGGAAGGGAUUUACUUUCUCUCUGUCUUCUCUUACACAAACAUAACUUGCUAAUCUGGGCAAUAUAACUGUGUCCCAUGAUUUCAGAAGCUGGUUUUAGAAAAAAUUAGUCUUUGUAUCCCAGGGGUUCUCACCAAAUGCAGCUGGGCCAAACUCUAGAAAGCAACUGAAGCUCAUCCAAGGAGGAGACCUUUUCUGCGUUCUCUCCUCCACCUCGCUGCCACCUCCACCACCUUCCUCCUCUGCUUUCCAGCUGGAAUUUCAACCAGAGGCUCUCCCGAGAGAUUCUCAUCCCCAGCGAUGGAAUCCUACCUGAUCCACGUGAAUGGCAAGACGUCCCCGCCCUCCAUCCUCGAUGUCCAUGUCAGCCUCAAUGGCGGGAAGGGCCCUUCUCUGGGCAAGGGGAAAAACCGCAAGGCCCACUGGGCCGUCAGGGCUUCCGAAAUGUCCAAGAGGACCUUCAACCCCAUCCGAGCCAUUGUGGACAGCAUGAAGGUGGAGCCCAACCACCAGAAGCCCCUGAUCUCUCUCUCCAUAGGGGACCCAACUGUGUUUGGGAACCUCCCACCAGAUGAUGAGGUCAUCCAAGCGAUGAAGGAGGCCCUGGAUUCUGGGCAGUAUAAUGGCUAUGCCCCCUCAGUAGGUUACUUGUCUUGCCGGGAAGUGGUCGCAGGCUACUACACCUGCCCAGAAGCCCCCUUGGAAGCCCAGGACGUGAUCCUGACAAGCGGCUGCAGUCAGGCCAUUGAGCUGGCCCUGGCUGUGUUGGCCAACCCCGGGCAGAACAUCCUGGUGCCACGGCCUGGUUUCUCCCUCUACAAAACCCUGGCUCAGUCCCUGGGCAUCGAGGUCAAAUUCUACAACCUCUUGCCAGAGAAAUCAUGGGAAAUUGACCUGAAGCAAAUGGAGUCGCUGGUGGAUGACAAGACAGCUUGCUUGAUUGUGAACAACCCAUCUAACCCCUGUGGCUCCGUUUUCAGCAAAAGCCACCUCCAGAAGAUCCUGGCAGUUGCCUCCAGGCAGUGUGUCCCCAUCUUGGCUGAUGAGAUCUACGCUGACAUGGUGUUUGAAGACUGCAAAUAUGAGUCCCUAGCAAAGCUCAGCACCAACGUGCCUAUCCUCUCAUGUGGAGGCCUCGCCAAGCGGUGGCUGGUGCCUGGCUGGAGAAUGGGCUGGAUUCUCAUACAUGAUCGCAGGGAGAUCUUUGGGAAGGAGAUCAGAGACGGCCUCCUGAGGCUGAGCCAGAGGAUUCUGGGCCCCUGCACAGUUGUCCAGGGAGCUCUCAGCCGCAUCCUUCGCCAGACAUCCCCGGAAUUCUACCACAACACCCUCAGCUUUCUCAAGUCCAAUGCUGACCUCUGCUAUGAUGCCCUUUCCACUGUCUGUGGCUUGCAGCCUGUCCGGCCGUCGGGGGCCAUGUACCUCAUGGUGGGCAUUCAGAUGGAACACUUUCCAGAGUUUGAGAAUGAUGUGGAGUUCACAGAGAGGCUCAUUGCUGAGCAGUCCGUCUUCUGUCUGCCGGCCACGUGCUUUGAGUACCCCAACUUCUUCCGUGUGGUGAUCACAGUGCCCGAGGAGAUGAUGGUGGAGGCCUGUCGGCGCAUUCAGCAAUUCUGCGAGAGGCACUAUGAAGGCGCUGAAGGAUCCCAGGACCUGGAAUGUGACAAGUAGCUGAGGGUCCCUGCCUGCCCGCCCGCCCUCCUGCCUGCCUGCCUCUACUCCUCCUGCAGGGAGUUGGGCUCACAGGGCCUGUGCCUCACCAGCCCCUGUCCACUGGCUCAACACCACUUCUGUGUGCCACAGCCUCUGAAGCCCCCAUACAACCAUGACACUUGCCUGGAGGUAGAUCCCCACAGAGACACUCCUCCCCUGCAGGCCCCCUCCUGCCUGUGCCCAGGGCAGCCAAAGAACUCCAGCAGGCGCUGCUGGCACUGGGUGCUCCUGGCAGCCUCUGCAGUGGUGUGGUGUUGCUGGAGCCUCCCAGAUGCCCUUCAGAAAGACCUGCCAGCCCUCCCAACCUGUCCUUCUGCAGAGACCGUGCUGAGUCCUGGGCUGGCACAGGCCACCGUGGGCACCUGUCUCCCCCUUUCCCCCACCCAUGUCCUCCUGUGCCUGUUUGACGUUCAUAAGUUAUUAUACCUUUUGUAUGAAUAAAUGCAUGAAAAAUA